AUGGCGCCCACCUACGCCGGUAUGUCGGGCAAGCCACUGUCCCUGGCUAUCUCGACUGUUGCUACUAUGGGUUUCUUGUUGUUCGGAUAUGACCAGGGUGUGAUGUCUGGUAUUAUCAGCGACCCAGCAUUCAACGACGUAUUUACUGCUACAAAGGACAAUCCUACAAUGCAGGCCCUUGUAACUGCAGUAUAUGAAUUAGGCUGUCUCGCGGGUGCUUUAUUUGCCCUAAUGUUCGGCGAUAGGACCGGUCGACGCUGGAUGAUCUUCUCCGGUGCUAUUGUCAUGAUUAUCGGGGUGACUAUCCAGGUCACCUCCUUCUCAGGCCAUAUCCCUCUUCUUCAAUUCUUCAUUGGCCGUGUUAUCACUGGUAUCGGAAACGGAAUGAACACCUCCACCAUCCCCACAUACCAGGCCGAAUGCUCCAAGACCAGCAACCGUGGUCUGCUUAUCUGUAUCGAGGGCGGUAUCAUUGCUAUCGGCACUGCGAUUGCAUACUGGAUUGACUAUGGUGCCCACUACGGUCCUGAUGACUUGGUCUGGCGUUUCCCCAUUGCCUUCCAAAUCGUUUUCGGUAUCUUCCUGGUCGUCGGCAUGUGGUUCCUCCCUGACUCGCCUCGGUACCUGAUCUCCAAGGACCGUAUCCAGGAGGGAGAGUACGUCCUUGCUGCACUUGGCGGAUAUGAAAUCCACGACCAUGAGACUCAGGUGCAGAAGCAGCUUGUCCUGGAUUCACUCAGAGCAUCCAACGCGCUUGGUCAAAAGACUACCUACCGCGAUCUCCUCACCGGUGGGCCCUCUCAGCAUUUCCGCCGCAUGAUGAUCGGAUCUUCCUCUCAGAUCUUUCAGCAACUGGGUGGUUGCAAUGCGGUCAUCUACUAUCUUCCCGUCUUGCUCAAGUCGUCUCUGCACGAGGGAGAGGACAUGGCCCUGCUAAUCGGUGGUAUCAAUAUGAUCGUCUACGCCGUUUUCGCCACCUUUUCUUGGUUCUUCAUCGAGCGCAUUGGUCGUCGCAAGCUCUUCCUCGGCGGUUCUAUCGUCCAAACCAUCGCUAUGAUCAUUACGUUCGGUUGUUUGAUCCCUGGUAAUCAGCAAGUCUCCAAGGGCGCCGUCUUUGGACUCUUCCUCUACAUGGCCGCCUUUGGUGCCGCCUGGCUCCCACUACCCUGGCUAUAUCCUGCUGAGCUUUCCCCCGUACGCACGCGAGCCAAGGCUAACGCUGUAUCCACUUGCAACAACUGGCUGUUCAACUUUACCAUUGUGAUGAUCACCCCUGUUAUGAUCGCCAACAUCGGCUGGGGCACGUAUCUCUUCUUUGCGGUGAUGAACGCCCUUUUCAUCCCUGUUAUCUGGUUCUUCUAUCCCGAGACCGCCAACCGAAGCUUGGAAGAAAUUGAUAUCAUCUUCGCCAAGGGAUAUAGCGAGAACAUCAGCUACGUCACGGCAUCUCAGGAGCUGCCUAAGCUGCACGAUCACGAAAUCGAGGCCAGGGCAGCCGAAUACGGCUUCGGUGGCACGGACACAUCCAGUGAGGUUGAAAAGGCCGUUGCUGAGCACUCUGGUUCCACGACUCCUGAGUUGUCUGAUUAA